AUGGGAGGAGGAUCAAGCCAUAUCUUGGCUAAGAACUGGAGUUUAAGUUCAACUGUUUGCAAUUGGAUAGGGGUUACCUGCAGCUCUAGGCACCAAAAAGUGGCAGCCUUGAACAUUUCCAGCAUGGAUCUUGUCGGCCUCGUUCCUCCGCAGCUUGGGAAUUUGUCAUUUCUUGUUUCUCUCGACCUGGGAAGCAAUACUUUUCGAGGGAAUUUCCCUGAAGAGAUGUCAAGGUUGAGAAGACUUAAGUUUCUCAGUUGCAGUUCCAAUGAACUCAUUGGAGGCAUUCCAUUGUGGCUUCCACAAUUACCUGACCUUCAAUAUCUGCUUCUGGAUAACAACAAUUUUUCUGGAUCAAUCCCGAGAUCGUUGUCCAACUUGUCAAACCUGGAAACUUUCAACCUGGAGUCCAAUAAGCUAGAUGGAAGCAUCCCAGAAGAGAUUGGCAAUCUCCGAAACUUGAAGAGUCUAAGUCUAAGUCAGAACAGUUUCUCUGGCUCCAUCCGAUUGAGUAUCUUCAACAUUUCCUCUCUACAAACUGUUGAUUACUCUUACAAUGACUUAUCUGGUGAACUUCCAGCAGAUAUAUGCAACUAUCUCCCUGAGCUGCUGUAUUUCAGUAUAUACUCAAUCAAAUUAGUGGUCUGCUACCAUCAAGCUGCUUAA